CCUAUAUAUUCCUGGCAUCAACGAUCCAUCAUCAAGCUCUUAAUUAGUUUGCUCGCAGAACAUCAUCUGAUCUGAUCGAUCGGGCCAUACAUCAUUCAGCUGCUACCUAGAGGUGGCCUGGCAAUGGAGGAGUCUUCCUGUAACACGGUGCCCCCAGGGUUCAGGUUCCACCCCACGGAGGAGGAGCUCGUCGGUUACUACCUCGCCAGGAAGGUCACCUCCCACAAGAUCGAUCUCGACAUCAUCCAGGAGGUCGACCUCUACCGGAUAGAGCCAUGGGAUCUCCAAGAAAAGUGCGGCAAGUAUGGUGGCGGCGGCGGCGGAGGAGGGCAGGAGGAUCCGACGACGGAGUACUACUUCUUCAGUUACAAGGACCGCAAGUACCCAAGCGGCACGCGCACCAACCGCGCCACCGCCGCCGGCUUCUGGAAGGCCACCGGGAGGGACAAGCCGGUGCUGUCAUCAUCCUCGUCGUCGUCGCCGGCGGCCGUGAUCGGGAUGAGGAAGACGCUCGUCUUCUACCGCGGCCGCGCUCCCAACGGCCGCAAGACCGACUGGAUCAUCCACGAGUAUCGCCUCCAGUCCAACGAGCACGCGCCCACACAGGAGGAAGGGUGGGUAGUAUGCCGUGCGUUUGUGAAGCCGGUGCCGAACCAGCAACACAGGCUAUCCUACGGCAGCGGCGGCGGGUACCAGAUGAUGAACAGCAGCUACAGCUCCACCUCCAGUUACUACUACUACGACAACCCUAACGCGCGGCUGAUGGUCGCCGGCGGCGCUCCUGCACACGAUCACCACAGCCUGGCGGCAGAGUCAAAGCAGCAGGUGCAGCUGUUCUCCUCCGACAUGCCACCGCCGCUCCAGAGCCCGACAACGCUCGACGACGGCGACAUUUCGCAGACUAACGGUGCCCCCUGCACUGUUGAUCAGCAGCUGGCGGCUGCUGCUGGGACGAUCGACUGGAACUUGUGGAGCAGCCUGCUGCCUUCAACGGCACCGCAGCUCUUCCACGAGCAAACGAUGACGCCACAGGCAGCAAAUUCGAGCUCCUCCAAGAACAACGAUAUUUGA